AUGACAUCGCCAGACAUCGCCAAUAACUCUGUCCUUGCACAUGUCGUUGACGUCCACUGUCAUCCCGUUGAAUCAUCCAUAGAUCCUCGCGUCAUGGACACCCUUCCAAUCACCAUCUGUGCCAUGGCCACGACCGCUUCGGACCAGCAGAAGGUGCAUGACCUCGCAGAACGCUGGCCUGACAAAGUCAUCCCAGCCUUCGGCUAUCACCCCUGGUUCACACACACGAUCGCACUGACCCCUCCAUCUUCAACGGAGGACCAUUAUCGUACACUCUUCUUGCCUCCUUCGGCUCCGCAGUCCGCUCAAGAUGCGUUCACGCGCCUCCUUCCCUCCCUUCCGGCCCCUCAUAUACUUUCAGAUCUCCUUGCGACCCUCCGUACGAACCUGACUGCCUUUCCGAAUGCCAUGCUGGGCGAAGUAGGGAUCGACCGUGCUGCCCGGGUCCCCUUCCCAGCCUCAUCUGACUCGUCUCCGCAACCAUGCUGCACGUCCGACGAAGAUUCUGGUGCCGCAUCGGAACUAGAGUCAUAUCACCGCCGCGAGCUAUCCCCGUUUAUUACGCCACUCUCCCACCAGCUCACCAUUUUAGAAGCUCAACUGGCCAUUGCCGUUGAGCUGCGCCGAAACACCAGCAUCCACAGUGUCAAAGCUCCCCAAUUGACACGGGAGCUACUCGACCGCAUGGCGAGCACUCAUGGCACGGCAUGGCGGCGUAUCAGCGUCGAUUUACAUAGUUGUGGGCUCAGUCCCCAAGUAUGGAUAGAAAUUGAGAAACGUCAUCCGAAUGUUUUUCUCUCGCUCUCCACUGCGAUCAACUCUCGCUCGACGAACCACCGCGCCCUCAUCGCUGCCUGCGCUCCUUCCAGGCUCCUUGUUGAGUCGGAUUUUUGCAAUGUCCGCUUCUGUACCACUCGUACAUGGGACAUGGUUCGCAUUGUCGCAGAGGUCAAAUGCUGGCGCAUCGAGCAAGACUGGGGCGAGGAGGAUGAGAAUGCGGACGAAGACAAGUGGGGGGCAGUCCGACGCAUGGAGCAAAACUGGCUACGGUUCGUGAAAGGUGGGCAUGAACAGGUCGCAAAGGUGUCCCGAAAAAACAGGAAGACAAAAUGGGAUGAAUGGGGAGAUUCAGAGACUGAGGACGAAGGUAAGAUAUAA